AUGCCGUCGAAGUGGAUUGUUGUUGACGAAGAUGGGACUAAGUCUGUGAAAGUCAGUGCGUACGAGAACAUUCCAAACGGUCGGUUCAAGAUUCAACCCGUAUAUAGUUGGGCUUAUAAGAUCGUGUUCUGUCCCAUUUAUGGUGAUUCUUGUGGAGAUCUUGGGAUUUCCAAGGACGUUGAUGGAAAGAGGCGUUUUGGGUUGGUUCAAGAUUCUUGUAGAGAUCUUAGGAUUUCCCGAAGCCAUGAUGGAAUUAUGCGUUUGGUUAUCACUGAUGAUAACCCUCUUAUUGCUAUAUUUAUCAGAGAUCAGUCAUCUGAUGCACGGAGGGCCUCUGUUAUCUAA